AUGAAUAUCGGCAAUAAACUAUAUCUAAAACACAUUGAACAUAUUGCUGAUGAUUCACAUCUCAAACUACGGGUGUUAAAGAUUUGGAAUUUUAUAAAAAAUAACCACGUUUUAUCGAUUGAAAUGAUCGUCAUGGACGAGGAGGGUACAAAAUACCAAUCUCGUGUUUUCCACCAAAAAUUUUCAAGAUUUCGUGACCUUUUAAAGGAAGGUGAAAGUUAUAUCAUUUUAAAACCAAACUUGGCGGGUGUUAAAAAUGAUGUUAUUGGGCUAAUUGUCUCAUUUAGGCCACUUGAGACAACCAAUCAUAAUCCAUCAAAACAUUACAUGAAGAUGACUAUUAGCAACUUAGAGUAUGUACACCUCAAUGUCACUAUAUUUGGAAGUCAGGCACAUGAGAUGUCACAUUACCUGAAAAGAAUUGGUCAAGCCCAAAGUCAUUUUGAUGUAACCAAAAUGUUCAUUAAUUCAGACAUUGUUGAAAUUAAUGAGUUUAAGAAAGAAUUGAAGGCUAAUAACAAAGGAGAUAUGUCUGAAAAAAGCAUUACUACACCCCCAAACUACUCUACCUCUUAUAUAGAUGAUUUUAAAGGCGAUUUCCCUUUAAAAACUGUUUGUGAGAUCACAAAACCACUUAAGGAAAUGAAAUUUCUAUUAGUUGUUUCCAUCGUCAAUAUAAGACAGAAUCUGCCUUGGUAUUACGAUGCGUGCUACAAAUGUGGAAGAAGGAUAAACAAUGUGCCCAAAACCAAUCUUUCCUAUACCGCCCCCGGCAAGAUGGAAGAUAGUGUUGUAAUUAAGUGUAAAAAUGCAGCUAGCAACGAUUCGAAUUUUCAUACUGUUAUAAAGUAUAUAAUUCCAAUCAACGUACAAGAUCAUACUGGCACCAUCAGAUUCACUCUUUUUGAUAGGGAAGCAAAAAGGUUGUUGGAUAUAAGUGCAUUCGAGUUGAAAAAAAUACAUGAAGAGGCUGACGACAGUUUGGAACUAUAUCCAAAUCAAAUGAACGCCUUGAAAAACCGCAAAUUUGUGUUUCUUGUAGAUAUUACAUCCUACAAUGUCACCAACUAUAACAAUAUCUACACCGUUGUCAAACUUACAGAAGAUGAGUCCGUUGUUUUAGAAUUGGAAAGUAAACUAGAACUUAUGAGUGUUCAAUCAGUGUCCUUAAAUGAAGUACCCCUGGAAUCAGAUGAUGUCGUUCAAAAUGUUCAAAAGGAUGUCAUAUCACAAACGGAUGAGAAUUUUACUCCCUCAACAAUUGAUAACAUCCGCAACAAGUCCAUUGAAAAUAUCAGUUCCAAAAGUGGAAAAGUGAGUUGUUAUGGUGAUGACGUUUAUGAUGUAGAAGAUGAUGGUGAUGCAAAUUCUAUAAAAUCAAAUAGGGAAUCUUUGGGUGAAGAUACUCCGGUUUGGGUGCCAAAAGUGGAGAAGUGA